AUGCCUGCAACUUUGCACGAUUCUACGAAAAUCCUAUCUUUAAAUACCGGAGCCCAAAUUCCCCAAGUAGGUUUAGGAACGUGGCAGUCAAAAGACAACGAUGCUUAUAAGUCCGUUUUAACCGCUUUGAAAGACGGUUACAGACACAUUGAUACUGCUGCUAUUUACCGUAACGAAGACCAAGUCGGUCAAGCCAUCAAAGAUUCAGGUGUCCCUCGGGGAGAAAUCUUCGUUACUACAAAGUUAUGGUGUACACAACACCACGAACCUGAAAAAGCCCUGGACCAAUCGCUAGAAAGAUUAGGAUUGGACUACGUGGACUUGUAUUUGAUGCACUGGCCAGCCCGUUUAGACCCGACUUACGUGAAAAAUGGAGACAUAUUGAGUGUACCAACAAAGGAAGACGGUUCCCGUGCAGUAGAUAUCACCAAUUGGAAUUUUAUCAAAACCUGGGAAUUAAUGCAAGAACUACCUAAGACUGGUAAAACUAAGGCUGUUGGAGUCUCCAACUUUUCUAUAAACAACUUGAAGGAUUUACUAGCAUCUCAAGGUAAUAAGCUUACACCAGCUGCUAACCAAGUGGAAAUACAUCCAUUACUACCUCAAAAUGAAUUAAUUGACUUUUGUAAAAGUGAAAACAUAAUGGUUGAAGCUUAUUCUCCGUUAGGUAGUACCGAUGCUCCACUAUUGAAAGAACCGACUAUUUUGGAAAUUGCUAAGAAAAAUAAUGUUCAACCUGGUCACGUUGUCAUCAGCUGGCAUGCACAAAGGGGUUAUGUGGUUUUGCCAAAAUCUGUGAAUCCUGAUCGAAUCAAAACGAACAGGAAAAUAUUCACUCUAUCUAAUGAGGACUUUGAAGCCAUUAACAACAUAUCAAAGGAAAAAGGCGAAAAGAGAGUUGUUCAUCCAAACUGGUCUCCUUUCGAAGUAUUCAAAUGA